AAAAAAAAAAAAAAAAAAAAAAACAACUACACGCAUAUACUACCUUCUCAAUUCAGUGGAUAUCGCUAACUAUUUGGAAGCUUUAGUUGAAUCAUUUUCGACGUUCGAAACCCCUAAACAAAGUAAGCAAGUUAUCCCGUGUGUUUUCACUCUUGAACACCAGCUGUUUGAGAGAGAGACUCUUCAUUCAAGAUAGAUGUAUUUCCGUUGACAACGUUGUCAAGUCACGAAAAUGCUGUUUCUCCAAACUGCUGUCUUGCCCAAACGCUUCUCACCUUUUUGUGAUGCUAGUUUGCAUCCAUUGUCACCACUUAGUGUUCAGAAUCCCAUGUUGGAAUGUACCCACAGUUUUUCUCAUUAUUCCCCUGUAUCUAGCCACCGCAUUGUAAAGUCUAUAUCAUGUUCAGUUUCUAGAAAGUCUCGUUCAAAGUCCGAGCCUGAACCUGAACCUGAAGCUAGUUCGAACCAAAGAGAAAGAAGAAGAAGUGACCAACCUAAAGAUGUGGAAUCCAGCAGUGAAGAUAAAAGUUCAGCAGAUACAUUCCCCACAACGAUUCCAAGGAAGCCGAGGCGUGGUCGUAGAAGUGAAGCCAUGGCAGUGGAAGAUUUUGUACGUGAUUCGCUCGAGCGCACGUUUGCCACAAUUCGGCAGCAGAACAAGGAUGCUUUGGAGAAUCAUGGAAAUAUAAUGAAGGAUAGAGAUGGUGACAGUUCUAAAUCUGAAAGCGGUGAUGGUGAUGAUGACGAUGACAAUGACAAUGGCAAGAAGGAGGAAGAUGAUGGUGAGGAGAUUGGAAAUAAGAUGAUGAUUGAGGAAGAAAGUAAAAGCUGGCCAUUGGAUGCAGAUGUUGGGUGGGGAAUAAGAGCUUCUGAGUAUUUUGAGAAGCAUCCAAUAAAGAAUGUGGUGGGAGAAGAUGGGUAUGAAAUUGACUGGGAAGGGGAGAUUGAUGACAACUGGGUGCAGGAGAUCAACUGUUUGGAGUGGGAGAGUUUUGCUUACCACCCCAGCCCAUUAAUUGUCCUUGUCUUUGAACGCUAUAACAGGGCAACUGAUAACUGGAAAAACUUGAAAGAGCUGGAGAAAGCAGUAAAGGUAUAUUGGGGAGCUAAAGAUCGGUUGCCUCCCCGGGCGGUUAAGCUAGAUAUCAAUAUCGAGAGAGAUUUGGCUUACGCCCUGAAAGUUAGAGAAUGUCCUGAAAUUUUAUUUUUACGGGGUAACAGGAUCGUGUACAGGGAGAAAGAACUCAGAACUGCGGAUGAGUUGGUUCAGAUGAUUGCAUUUUUCUAUUACAAUGCAAAGAAGCCUGCGUGGAUAGAUGAUAAUUUCUUGUAUUUUCGCUAUUGAUAAAUUUUCACAAAUGUCAUAUGGCCAUUGUCAACCUGAAGAUUGCGUGUCUUUGUAAUGAAACAAACAAAACUGACAGCAUUUUUUUAUAUGUAAAGUAUAAAACAAUCGGGCAAAUUUAUAAGUUUUAAGUAGUAAAAUAACUCUUCAGAAAAACAAAAAAAAAAAGAGUAGAACAUAAGCAUACAUAUUCAUUGUUUUAUCUUCUACGCAUUAUUGGCUACGGAGUUCAAUGUGCCUUAUGUAUUUUUCCUUUUCUAGUGUUUACGUUUUAACUUAUGUAAGUCAAGUUUUAACG